AACUUGAUGCAGAACUAACAUUAGAAGACUGUGUUGGUGUUAUAGCACUAGUUGCGCUUCCAGAUGGUAAUAAUGUUGAUGAUUUCGAUGAAGUUGUUGAUAAUGAUGUUGUUUGUUGUGACG